ACGUCAUGUUGUUUUGAAACGAGUGCCGGAACAGCAGAGGAGCUUUGGAAGUUGUCAGUGUGAAGUGUUUAUAUUAAAACACGGAGUUAUCAUGUAGAAUAGUUUCUGUUGUGUUUAUGAAGGGUUUAAUGCGGCUGGAGAGAGCUGCGGGUUUGUUUUUCGGAGUGUGAGAGAAAGCGGACACGGAAAUGUGCGGCGCGAGCUGCGUGUGGGCUUUUACUAUAGUGCUGUUAAUGAGGGUGUGUUCAGUGUGUGGCGCGGAGGGGGAGGGGCAUGUGGAUGUGGAGGUGCAGGUGAGGGCUGAUAAACCUGUCCGGAACCUCACACACUUCUGGAGGAGUACCGGCUUCUGCCCUCCACAGCCACACACCAGUGCUCACCUGUAUGACCUGAGUAAAGACCAGCAGCUGAACCUGGCUCUUAUGGGCUCUGUGCCACAUGCAGGCCUGCAGCAGGUGAGGAUCCACUGGCUGCUCGAGCUCGUUUCUGCACGGAUUAGAAAUGGUGAAUAUCACUACAACUUCACGUACCUGGAUGAGCUGAUGGAGCUGCUGUUGCAGAACGGCCUGCAGCCCGGCUUUGAGCUGAUGGGUAGCGUCAACAACACCUUCAGCGACUUCGAGGAUAAAACCCAGGUGUCUGAGUGGAAGCGACUGGUUUACCUCAUAGCUCAGAGAUACAUAGAGAAGUACGGCUUGGACAUCGUCUCCCAGUGGAACUUUGAGACGUGGAACGAGCCGAACAAUCACGACUUCGACAACGUCACCAUGACGAUCCAGGGGUUCCUGAACUACUAUGAUGCGUGUUUGGCCGGUCUGCGUAAUGCGAGUGUGUAUCUGAGGCUCGGUGGUCCGGGGGACUCGUGUCACACUCCUCCUCACUCUCCAUACUGCUGGGCCUUACUGCAGCACUGCCACGACACACACACCGACACACACAUCCUCCACUACAUCGCUCUGCACAAGAAGGGUGGAGGUGGUACGCUCCCGAUCCUACAGCAGUUGAAGGACACGGUGCAGGAGAUCCAGCGGCGCUUCCCUCUGUUCCGUUCACUUCCUGUUUACAAUGACGAGGCCGAUCCACUCGUCGGCUGGAACAAACCACUCGUCUGGCGCGCUGACGUCACCUACGCCGCCAUGGUGAUGAAGGUGAUCUCUCAGCACCAGGACCUGCUCAUCGCUGACCUGAACAACACCAUCAACUUCACGCUGCUGAGCAACGACAACGCCUUCCUGAGUUACCAUCCGCACCAGUUCACCCAGCGCACGCUAACCGCCCGUUUCCAGAUCAACAACACACACACACCUCAUGUCCAGCUCAUACGCAAACCCGUCCUCACCGCCAUGGGCCUGCUCGCUCUGCUAGGUGAACAGCAGGUGGAGGUUACCAUGGUGACACGAGGGUCUCAGGAAGACAGUUCAGUGGGUGUGCUGGCGAGCGUCCACACACCCCAACACACACACACUAACACACACUCUGCUGACAGCUGGCAGAGCACCGUGCUCCUGUACAACUGCAGAGACAACGUCACCUCCAACAACUCAGACACUGUCACACUGAACAUCACUGGAGCACCCUCACACAUUGAUGUGAUGUAUGUGAUGCGCUACAUGGAUAACGUUGUCAGUAACCCGUAUGAAGUGUGGAGGCAGAUGAGCAGCCCGGAUUAUCCUACACUACAACAACUCGCACAGCUCAGGGGUCAAGAGGAUGCUCAGACAGACGGCCCCAUCCCUGUUCCUGCCCAGGGAUAUCUGUCUCUGAGAGUGAAGCUUCCUGUUCCCUCCAUACUGCUCAUCCACCUUUGUGCUCGACCCACACACACACCUGGACAGGUGAACGGUUUGCGUUUCGUGUCCAUCACAAAAGGCCAAGUCCUCAUCGUGUGGAAGGACCACGACGUCGGCACAAAGUGCGUGAAGACGUACGAAGUGGAGUUCUCCAAAGACGGAGUUAUAUUUCAGAGGAUCAAUUUCAGAGACACAGUGUUCACCUCACACACCUUCUCACCAGAGAGCCUGGAUGUGUGUGGAUUGUACAGAGUGAGAGGCGUAGACUUCUGGGGACGAGCCGGACAGUUUUGUCCUACUGAGAGAUACACAGAAUUUUGCUGAUGAGGAAACACACACCUGACUCAGUCUAGAUUUUUGUUCAUGAUGUAAUGAAGGUGUUUAUAUUUAAUUAUAAUUGUAUUAAAUGCUCACUCAGUGAAUCUAC